UAUACCGCUUUGCAUCAUUUUAUUUUUUCUGUAGCGAAUUCACAUCUGUCCUUGAGAUCUCUUGAUUGCCUUUUUUGAUUUGCUCGCGCAUUUAGUGGUUCAACGCAAUACAUCCACAGGAAAAUGUUGCAGUUUCUCGUGUUCUCCAUAACCGUGAUGCUGACCGCAGCUCAGGAUUACAGCAACCCUGGAUCCUGCUCGAUGGCGCCCGCGCCCUACCGAGCCAUCACAUUAAUCAAAGAUAGCGGCACGGUUAGCGGUACUGUUAAAAUUGACCAGGCCGGAGCAGGGCAGCCUACUAUGUAUACCGGAACGAUUUCUGGACUUCCUGCUAAUAGUCAGCACGGAGUUCAUGUACACUACUUCGGUGAUCUCAGCAAUGGGUGCACCAGUGGAGGAGAUCACUUUAACCCUCUGAACAUGACCCACGGAGGCCUUACCGAUAUGGUCCGCCAUGUCGGGGAUUUAGGAAAUGCCGUAGCGGAUGCUAACGGUGUGAUUACCAUAUCCAUUACGGAUACGGUGUCCCAGUUGGUCGGAUCAAACUCAGUGAUUGGACGGUUGUUCGUUCUUCACCAGAAUAUGGAUGAUCUGGGAAAAGGCGGAAAUGCUACAAGUCUGGCUAAUGGCAAUUCCGGGCCGCGACUGGCUUGUGGGAUCAUUGGUUACCGGCAAAAUGCGUAAUACCUAAAUUGUUAUGGGAAACAUAUGUUCACUGUGGCAAAUCAUCUAUACGCUUUGUCAUUAUAUAAAUAUAGGCAGUAAUUUUUAACACGACUAUGUGAUUACAUCACCUAUACAUGUAAUAAAACCUUUUCGUGCGCUCAAAAAUUGUGGUUGCCCCUGUAGGAAAGGAUGAUGUACGAGUAUAAGUGCCGUUAAUGGAGAAAACGCUUUUGUGCAUUCUGAUAAUACAUUAUUGUUGUGACAUCCUUUGUAUAAUACAGAGUUACAAUUAACGAUAAAUUAUGUAGGCGACAUUG